UGUGAAUGGAGAACAGAAACCUAAACGAAAGAUUUCAAUGGUGUGACGGAUGAAACGAGUGUUUUAAGUCGAUGAAAAUGCCUCUGUUUGGAAAGAAGCACGACUCUGACAAAAAGAAUAAUAAAGAAGGAGAUAUACGACGAAAAUAUGAAUUUAAAGAAACAUUAGGAACCGGUGCAUUCUCGGAAGUAGUUUUAGCAGAAGACAAGACAAAUAGAGGAAAAUACUAUGCAGUCAAAUGUAUUGAUAGACAAGGCUUACGAGGCAAAGAAGAAGCUUUAGAUAAUGAAAUACAAGUUCUUAGAAGAUUAAGCCAUCCAAAUAUAGUCAAGUUACUAGAUGUGUUUGAUGAUAAGUCACAUGUUUAUUUAAUUAUGGAACUAGUCACUGGUGGAGAACUGUUUGAUCGUAUUGUUGAGAAAGGUAGCUAUACAGAGAAGGAUGCUAGUUUAUUGAUUAAACAGGUUUUAGAGGCAGUAGAUUUUAUGCAUGAAAGGGGAGUUGUACAUAGAGAUUUAAAACCAGAAAAUUUAUUAUACUACAGUGCUGAUCCUGAUUCAAAAAUAAUGAUAAGCGAUUUUGGUUUGUCCAAGAUGGAAGAUUCUGGUAUCAUGGCAACAGCAUGUGGUACACCAGGAUAUGUUGCUCCUGAGGUGUUAGCUCAGAAACCAUAUGGUAAAGCUGUUGAUUGCUGGUCAAUAGGUGUUAUAUCCUAUAUAUUAUUAUGUGGUUAUCCACCAUUUUAUGAUGAAAAUGAUGCUAUGCUGUUCCAACAGAUUCUGAAGGCAGAGUUUGAAUUUGAUUCACCUUAUUGGGAUGACAUCUCUGAAUCAGCUAAAGAAUUUAUUCGAAAAUUAAUGUGUAAAGAUCCUAACCUUAGAAAUACUUGUAAGCAAGCCAUAGCUCACCCGUGGAUAUCUGGUAAUGCAGCUUUGGAUAAGAACAUCCAUGCUUCCAUCAGUGCACAGUUGAAGAAAAACUUUGCUAAAACUAAGUGGAAGCAAGCAUAUAAUGCUGCAGCUGUUAUUAGACAAAUGAAAAAAUUAGCCUUUACGAAAGAUGAUGCGAAUUAAAGAUAAGAGCGAGAUUAUUAAUACCAUAUUAUAUCAUUUUAAUAGAAGAGUGUCUCUGGGGAUAUGGUGUAAGUUUUUAUUAUGGAAGUUGUUAAGAUGUAUUGAACCAACUCAAAUACACUAUGUAAUGUUGAAUGUUAUUUUUUGUAUGUUAAUGACAGUUUAGAUUUAAAACUUAUUGUCGACAAGACAUCACAUUACAGCACAUUGAAAUUUGUGUUGUAACACGUGUCAGUUGUAAACUUUAUUGCUAAUUUGAUAUUAUUUUGUGUAAUGUCAUUUUCAUGUUUUUUCAUCCAAUAUAGUAAAUACCAUAUUGUUAUGAAAUACAUUUUUUAUAUAUAUAUUAGAUUGAUACUGGUAUUUAACAUCAGUUUAGAUAUAUUGGUAUUUAGUAUAUUAAAUAAUCCUUAAUUCAUUGUUACAUAUUUUAUAGGUUUAAAAAAAAAAAAGAACGGGUCAAAUUAUCCAUGAAAUAUACCUAUAUUAUAUACAAUAUUUAUCUUUUAAUAAUAUUAACGUAUACAGGUACGUCACAAAUUACUUGUAUAUGGAAAGAUGGUAAUGGUCUGUACUUAAGAAUUUUGUAGAGGUAGAUAGCAAAUAUUGAUGUAUAUAUUAUAUAUCUGUAUGAAUUGUAUUUCAUAAAUUAAUUAAUAAGAAAUAUACAGAAACCAAAUUUUCAACUUAAUUUUAAGAUAUUAUCAUUAGUUUUGGUUGUGAAACAUUAGUUCUGAGCUAUAUUUUAAAACUAUAGUCAGAGUACAAUUUUACUAAAUAUCUUGAUUUAUUGUAUUUUUACCUCCUCAAGAAACUUUUAUUAACAUCUUUGGCUUUUAUUAUAUCACUACAGCCAUAUAAUUUUUAUGGCUUCAAAACAUGAAAAUUAUAUAUAAUUUGGCUGGAAUAGACAUAAUAUCAACAUAUUCACUAUAAGUAGAUAAUAUCUUUCUCUGUUAAUAUGGUUACAAGGUAUAAAAUAACAUCAAGUGCUUCAUAGCUAAUCUAGAUUUAUUUUGCCCAUGGGUAAAAUAGAUUUAAUCAGAAAGGUAUUUAUAAUGUUGUUUUUAUUAGAAGAAUAGUUUAUUGUCAAUCACAUUAUAAAAAGUAUAUACAUGUAGUCUAUGCACUGUGUAUUUUAGUCACUGCACAUAACUUUUAAAAGUCAUGUCUACAACGAUCACAGUCUUAUCAAAAACUGACAUCAAAUUACACUUUGUACCAUGUAUUCUUAUUUAAAGCCACAAUGUGCCAGAAGGCUAUUAAUACAUUUCUUUCUUGAAAGUUUACAAAAAUAAAAUCUGAAAAUUGUUUUUUAGUGUGUGAAUGCAUGUUGAAAAAUGUAUGUUAAUCCAUCACCACUUGGGUUCAGAUUUGUUUUUCCCACAGUUCCUCAUUUGAGAUGAAAUCUGGUCAUCUUAUACAUGAUGUUCAUGGAUAGAAUUGAGUUUGUUCAUACAGACAGUAUAAGAGAGAUGGCAGCAUGAAAUCAAUAAAAAGUUGAUAGUCAUAAUUUAUGUUAGCAUUGAGUGAUUUUAAUCAUUUUUGAACCAAUAUGCUUUUUGAUAAGACUAUUUUUUAUUUUGUAUGAUCCGAAAGUCUUUAUUUGCCUUUGACUCUAGAAUGUUUGGGCUGAAAGGUACAUGUACACUAUAAGCCCAAUAAUCAGAUUAAUUUUAAAGAAAAGACGUGUACAUUGAUUUUUUUUUUGUGGGGGGGGAUGUACAUGUAAAAAUGUUUCUGAUUUGUAUGUGACUUGACAAAUAGUUUUUUGAUUUAAAAUAUGCCCCUUUUUUAUUGAAUAAACAUUAUCUUUUAUUAUUUAUUAUUGUUGAUAGUAUCACAACAGUAAACUUUGUUAUUUGGGGAAUUGUUUUGUAGUCCAGUAUAGUGUGCUUGAUAUUUAUUCAAAAGAUCUAUUCAAAUUGAUUUUAUCAAUAAAACCAAAAGUACACUUUUCCUUUUGUAGUCCAGUAUAGUGUGCUUGAUAUUUAUUCAAAAGAUCUAUUCAAAUUGAUUUUAUCAAUAAAACCAAAAGUACACUUGAGAUAAGGAAAAGUCAGUUAUUAUUUGGACUAUCAUCUAUCUUCAGACAUUUUGGAAACACUGUUCUGUAAACAUAGCUUCUAUUUGUGUAGGAAAAAAACUCAUAUUUAAAAAAAAAACAACUCUGGUUUAAUAAAUGUCAAUCACACUACUAUUACACAUUUAUUGUUGGAAGAGUGAUACUGUAAUAUGAAAUAUCUAAAAAAAAAUUUCUCAUUUUUACGCAUAAUCUAUUUUUGUAUUUAUAUAAUUGCCUAUUUUAAAAGGUUAUUCCAAUUUGUUGGAUUAUAUAUUGCAUAUGCUGGAAAAAAAUAAAAUCCUCUAUUAAUCAUCAUAUUUCUGAAUUAAUAAUGAAACUCUCCUUUCUAGUUAUAUUCUCUAUUUAAAUUGAUACAACCGUCUUUCAGAAUAAUUAUUUACAGUAAUUAACUCUUGUCUGAUUGACUGAACAAAUUCAAAUUUUAACCCAAAAUGUACAGCUGAUACUAUUCAGGUUUAAUCAAACCAUCAAAUUUACAUGAAAAACUGAAAUAUGGUUAAACUACAAAUGAUUAUAUAAGAAGGUGUCUCAGUUCAGCAUAACUGAUGUAUUGUGACUAACUUGAAAGUCACUGUUGUAUUGUGACUAACUUGAAAGCAGAGUUUUGUAUCAUGUAGAUGCUUGGAAGCAACAAGUAAUCAAUAUAUUAAUAUUAUACUUUAGAAAUGGGUUGAAUGAAAUUAAUUUGAAGAAAUUUUACAAAUAGUCAAUCAAGACUAAAACUACUGAAAUUAAAAGGUCUAUUAACUAUCCCUUCAUCAACAAUAGGAGUUUACAGACUACACUUACAUUUUAGCUCAUGAAUGAAAUAUUAACUGAAUUUAUAAUAUUUAUGUAUGUUAGUAUUUAAAUAGGAAUAUAUAUUACAGAAAAUCAAACUAUGACUGUAAUAGUUAAUUUGAUAGUGUAUAUUUUUAUAUGCCUACAUUUUCAUGUGGACGUAUAUUGUUGUCACCCCUGUCCGUCUGUUCACAUUUUGUUUGUGUACACACUACAGGUCAACAAUUUUCCAAUUUUGACGUAACUUGAAAUAUAGGUUGAUAUCCCAAAGAUGUAGGUUCCUUUCAAUAUUGGCAUGUAUCGGACUGUAACUUCAUGGAUUAUGACUCCUGAUUGUACGAAAAACAAAUUAUCAGAGUUUGAUGAAACUUUAACAUAUACAUUUAUAACCCAAAGAUCUUGGUUCCUUUCGAUUAUUGCUGGUUUAAGACUUCUGAUUGUAUACAAAAAAUCUUGGUUUUAGCUUGUGGACCUUCAAGUUCUAGAGGUCCCAAUUUUUAUCCAAUUUUGAUGAAACGUGAAGCAUGUUUAUAUCACAAAGAUGUCGGUUCCUUUCCAUAUUGGCGCAUAUUGGACUGUUACUUCCUAGAUUAUGGCCCCAGAUAUUAUGAAAAAUCACGUAUUUAGCUUGUGGACACUCUAGAGGUCACAAUUUUUAUUUGAUUUUAAAAAAAGUUCAAAUAUAUCACCGGAACACCAUAAUUACGGCUCACAUCAAAAUUACUGAGACUCUCUGACAAAAUGGCUACUCCCCUAACAAGCAUGUAAUACCAAGGUUGUAGACACUCUCAAAAUUUUUAUCCGAUUUUGAUGGAACUUAAAAGGUGUUUAUAUCCCAAAGAUCUGGGACUGUAAUAUUCUUGAUUAUGGCUCCUGAUUGUACAAAAAAUUGCUUUUUUUUUUUUUUUUUUUUUUAGCUUGUACUGUUCAGCUCCUGCAAAAUGGUGCUUCGUGGCAACCACUUGUUAUUAAUUCUAUGAUAAUGAAGUAUUUGAUUAAGAUUGCGACUGUGUUCAAGGAUUUGUUAAAGUGAGAAUAUAGUUAUCAUUUAAUCUUAUUAACAUAUCAUCCUCUAUUUAAUAGCUUGCUUGUUUAUAAGACAAACAUAAAAAUUAAGUUCCUGAUUUUGACAUUUAUCAUUAAAAUGAGAAAUUUACCUGUCUUAAGAAACUACUAAAUACAUAAAAACUAGAUGCUACGAAAUUGAAAAACGAUUAAAAUCUGUCUGUCGGUUGGGAGAUUGAAAAGAUUCCUGGAAUCUUGAAGUACGAUUUGUCCCAAUAAUCACCAAUCUAAUUAAAAUAUAGAUCUUUAUUUCUUUUCGUUUUUUUAUACUUUCGAUGGCCUACACUACAUGUCACGUGCGUGCUGUACCAUAAAGUCUGUCAUUGAGUCAACUGGCGUGGUUUUGAUUCCCCGGUGUCCCACCUCGUGGGUUUUCUCCGGUUCCUCCCACUGCUAAAGACCCCUACGCGCAAGUGAAUUAUUGAAAUAAAAAUUAAACCAUGUGUUAGUCCCGAAAUGACCUAGUUUGUGUCAAGUGGACGUUAAACCCCAUUUCUCUCUCUCCCUACACUACAUGUAGAUCUAACAAGUUAUAGUGGGAGUUCACGUUCUAUGACGUCAGGUAUCAAGAAAGCGACAUUUGACCUGAUUACGUCAGUCAUUCGAUUAACCAAUUAGCGACCGCCAUGUAUUUUUUAUCUACUUUUGCUUUGUUUUGAUUUCUAUUGCCGCUAAUGUCUACCCACAGUUCCGCGCAAAAAAAGUCAAACGCUCGAUUCGAUAGACCAUUUGAUUGGCUGACCCCUCAUUUCAAGCAGAACACAAGUUAAAUAACAACGCUUCCAGAUCCAAGUGUAGUAAAGACAAGUAAAAUCGAAAUUUUAAACUAUAAAAACGAAACAAAAUUGGAUCUGUGUUUUAAUCAGAUUGAAUAAUCACUAGUAAAAUGAUAUUUUAUACAUACAAUUAACGCACAAAGUUUAUAUUAGAGAUUACCCCCAUGAAGUAGUUAAUAUCUGAUCUGACCAUUUUUCUGAAACAACCAUUAGAAUGAGGUGUUAUAUUAAUAUGAUAUAUAAUCCCUAUUUUUUUUUUAUAUAUAUAUAUAUAUUGGUAUAUAUUAAUAUGUAUUUUCUACAUAACAUUUAUUAUAAUCUCUAAAUCCAGUAUAUUCUUUUAUGUAAUUAUUAUUAUCUAAUGUUCGAAAUCUACGCAUUUAUUUGUUGUUUAUAUUUGUGUUUAAAAAAAAUUGGUGUAUAUUUUAAAAUCAUCUCUUAUAGUUAUAAAUAUUUUGUGUACUUAAUUUACUGGCUCAACCAAAUUGGAUAGUAUUGAAUUUUAUAUCAUAACAUUCCAGUAUUCUGUUUUAGAUCAUUUAUUGAGGUAAAAUAUAUUUAAUUUUGAAUUACAAAAGUUCUGUUUGGCCUUUAUCAAAAGUUGUAGAAGUAAUGCAUUGAUAAAAAUAAACUUGUGGUGUUUCUCUCGUGCAUAAUUGUUUCACUGAAUCUUAACGUAAAUUCUCACCAUCUUCCUGUUUCUAAAUCAGCCUCAUUUAAAUUAAAGAUCUGAAUUCUGACAUGAUUGUUCAAAACACAUUUAUUGAAUUUGAUUUAUAGACAUCAAAAUACAAACUUAAACUAAAAACAAAUUGAUUCCUUAUAGGUGGAGAAUAUGGAAGUUGUUCAACUGAUUAGUUCUUUGUUUACAUGUUGGGUUUUAUAGCUACCAGUAAUAUUGUAAUAUAAUGAUUUCUAAUGUAUUAUUAUCAUUGUUUUCAAGUAGUAGUCAAUAGGUAGUUAUAUAUUUAUCUAAUAACACAUAGCUAGGUUGAGGGUUAGAUUUUUGAAUAUAAUUUUGGGAUACUGUAUUAAGAAAAGGGAAUAAUUGAUGUAACAACUUUGAACUAUCUAAAUAAAGAAAUAGAUAAAUAUAUCCUGAAUUUAGGUUUGUUAUUUAAGAUCAUGUAUUAAGUACAGAAUAUCUUCUAAAAUAUUGACAGCUUUUAGUAAGUAAAGUUUCUAUUUGUAAUGCAUAAUAUAUUUACUGGUGAUUGCUAAAAAAAAAUUGAUUUACAUUUGAAUAUCCAAUUGAAGAAAUUCAUUUACAUACAUUGCUAAUUGAAAUUGAAACAAUAUUUUUCAUCAAUCCAAUAAUAUGUCGGUCUACAUGAGUCCCCUUCAUUGUAAUUCUAGUUUCUUUUAUCUUCAGUAUUAUUAUCAUAUAAAUCAUGAAAUAUAUAUGUACUUUUUUUUUUUAAAAAUCCAAUUGGUCCAUUUCAGGUUUAAUUGUCAGCUAGAAACAAUUUGUUGUCCAUCCAACAAUGACCAAAUUAAAUCCAUGACAUUUUUGACAGACUUUUUAUUAUAAACAGUGUGCGUUAUUGUCAUUACAGAGUUAUGCACUUUGAAAUCUAAUAGCACGCUUUUAACACAAGUUAUGUAUAUCAGUUAUCUGAAGAAUGUCUCAACAAAGGGGAUGUUUUUCGUGAUAACUAUUUUCACUAAUAAACCUGUCUGAAAAAAAUAAUAUGGUGUUCUGACGUCUUUAAAGUUGAUUAAUUAUCAAUGGUGUGAUGGUUGUAUGGUUGAAGUUUCCGGGGUAGAAUUUCUGCUUGGUUCAAGAAGAACAAUCUGGAUUUGUACAGCCCAAUUUUCAUUUGUCAGGGUUGAUACCUGUGGGGUUGAUGAGGAAAAUGCAUCUUGUCAUAAGGAUAGGACAUAAAACCGAGGUCCCAUGUUCAAAUUGGUAAAGCUCCCUUGGCAGCUGGAAUACAAAGAAGAAUAAGCAGAAAUGUCACUAUAAGGGAGAUAUUACCAUUGAAAUGAAAUAGAAUUAUAACCAGGGGCUGCCAGGCAGGAUAUGCCCACGUUUUGUAAGAGAUGGAUAGAGAACAAGCUAAACAAAAAGCUAUUUUUCGUAACAUCAAGGGCCAUAAUUCAGGAAGGUACAAUCAGAUAUGCGCGAAUAUCGACAGGAACCAAGAUCAUUGGGUUAUAAACAUGCAUUUCAAGUUUCAUUAAAAUCGGAACAAAAUUGUGAACUCUAGAGGGUCCACAACCUUGAUAGAUCAGAUGUUUACACUAUUUGCGUAGAGGGGCAGCCAUUUGGUCUGGCACUUUUCGGCCAAUUUUCACGAAUUUCGAACUCAACCAACAUUACGGUGUAAGGAUGAUAUAUUUGAAUGUUUUUGUAAAUCAGAUAAUAAUUGUGACCUCUAAAGGACAAAAACUAAAAACACGAUUUUUUGCACAAUCAGGGGACAUAGUUCAGGAAGUUACGAUCUGAUAUGCGCAAAUAUCAACAGCAACCAAGAUCUUUGGGUUAUAAACAUGCAUUUCAAGUUCAACCAUCAUUAUGGUGUAACGGGGAUAUAUUCUAACAGGUUUUUUUUAAAUCGGAUAAUAAUUGUGACCUCUAGAGGGGCCACAAGCUAAAAACGCGAUUUUUCGUACAGUCAAGGGCCAUAAUUCAGGAAGUUACGAUCUGAUAUGCGUAAAUAUCGAAAGGAACCAAGAUCUGUGGGUUAUAAACAUGUAUUUUAAGUUUCAUCAAAACCUUGAUAUACCAUAUUUUUACACUGUUUGCGUACGCGGGGCAACCAUUUUAUCCGGCAGUUCUGGUUCGAUUUUCAUGAAAUUCAAACUCAACCGUCAUUAAGGUGUAACAGAGAUAUAUUCAAAUGUUUUUUAAUCGGAAUAAAAUUGUGACCUCCAGGGUCCACAAGCUAAAAAAAAAUGUGAUUUUUCGUACAAUCGGGGGUCAUAAUUCAGGAAGUUGCGGUCCGAUAUGUGUGAAUAUCGAAAGGAAACAAGAUCUUUGGGUUAUAAACUUACAUUUCAAAUUUCAACAAAAUCAGAUAAAAAUUGUGACCUCUAUAGGGUCCACACGCUAAAAACGUGAUUUUUCGUACAAUCAGGGGCCAUAAUCCAUGAAGUUACAGUCCGAUACAUGCCAAUAUCGACAGGAACCAAGAUCUAAGGGAGUUAAACAGACAAGGGCGACGACAAUAUACGUCCACAUGAAAAUGACCAAAGUAAAGUGCAAAUGAGACAAAUACAAUUCCAUUUCUUUUCCAAGUGAGAAUUUUAUAUAGUUAUUUUGGCGUGAGUGAUCCUGAUUCUGUUGGAUGGUAAUCACUUUGGUAAUUAUCUAUCUUUGUAGGAAGUGUUGCCAAAUAGUCUUAAAAAAUCAAAAGACAUGUUGCCAGGCAGUGAAACACUAACCGCAAUAGCCACAUUGUUCACUCAAUCUAUUGAGGUUGUUAUGGUGGGAUUCAUUCUGAAAUCUUUUUGACAUUUUUGAUUUUUUCUUCAAACAGGCUUAUGAUUUUAGAUUAAAUUUAAUUGUUUCGGUUGUGUUUAUUUAGAUUUAGAUUUAUUCACUUCAUCCAUAUAUAAUAAUAAUAAUACCUUACAUUAACAACUUAUGAGGUUAAGGUACAAAAAAAGCUUUCACAAGGGAGAUAAUAUCCUGAUGUAUUUUGAUUAAGGUGGAGGCAGACCACCAUUAAUUUCCCCAUUGACUUCAAUGUUAAUUCUGGCCUCUUUUCCCACCUCCAACUUUUCCCAAAAUUUUCGUUAGGCUAAACGCUUUUCACUACAGACAGAGGAACAAGUGGUCAUGUCUUUGCGCUAAAAUUUGUAUGAGGUUGACCACCAAAAUUUUGAGAUACACAAACUUGAAGAAGCAUACUAAAAACAUGUAACUACAUGUAGUUGCCGUACAUAUCACCGUAGCCAACCUGAUAACCCUGUUAUCCUUCCGCCUCAAAAUCAUGAAUAUUUACCAAAAAAAUAAACAAAAAUGGGCAUGCAAAAAGGGAGAAAAGAGACAGAGAGAGAAUUGCUAUAAAUUGACAAACUACAAUUUUUGGGUACCGAGAUGGUGAAAUUUAAUGGUGGUCUGCCUCCUAUAUAUGUUUUUAUAAGUUCAUAUAUCAUUAAAAAAAUUUUCUUUAUGGCUUCACAUUUAUUUUUGCAACAUUAUUAUAAUAUAGAAUCAAAAAAGGUCCAUGGGCCUUUUGAACUAGAAUUGAAGAUUCUUUCUUAAUUUUGUCAAAAUGUGAGUUCUGCAAAACAAUUUAAAGAGUUACAAACAAGUCACAUCAAAAAUAUUCAAAAUAUUGAAAUAUUUUUCAAAAAUUGACUUUCUUUUAUCUUUUUCUACAAAAUGGGCAAUUUUUGACACUUUGUAUGUCUCAAAAUGCCAAUAUUUCCCUAUUUCUUGGAAAGUCUGAGAUGAAAGGCAUUUAUUUCUGGAAACCUUGGCCAGUAUACAAGAAGACUAGCUGCAAAUUGGUUUCAUUGAAGGUAACUGUAAGGAACUAUAGUGAAACUUGUAAGCCCACCCCCUCUAAAAAUGUUGCUGUGGUAACAAAUCCAACUUGUGUCCACAUAAGUAAUACUGUUAAUGGAAUAUGGCUAAUAGCCAUGUUCUUCUAUCCCUGGCUUAUAUACAUGCAUAUAAACACAGGUAGUUGCAAGAAGUAUGAAUCAUUUAUUAAAAUAUGGAUUGAUAAAUGUAAAACAAAUGCUGUAUUUAGGUGAUAACCAGCCACUCGAAUAAAACGGUCACAAAG